UCCACAUGAUACAUUACGUCCUGCUGACUCUGGAAUCGAGAUGCGGAACUGCUUUUCGCGAUGUUUUAAUCCACUUUGAAGUGAUUCUAAUCACAUAUAUGUUAUUUUUUUUUGCUGAAAUAGACGUCAUGGCUCUCGUGCGGGACUCGAACCUGAAAACAAGUGCACUAGCGGUUUUGUGGAUGUUUCUCCUAGCUGUCAUCACCAGCUCUGCGACGAUUGAACCACUGUUGUUUGAGGAGCAGUUGCUGUGGGUGAGUGGAAUGGCCGGGGAGGUGAACACCUACAGGAUCCCUCUGGUCACCUUCACCCCCAUGGGGAGCCUGCUGGCUUUUGCUGAGGCCAGGAAGUUCUCAUCCAGUGAUGAAGGAGCAAAGUUCAUCGCAAUGAGGCGAUCCACUGACAAAGGAUCCACGUGGUCCCCAACCACCUUCAUCGUCGACGAUGAUGAACUAGAUCAGGACGGCCUGAACCUGGGCUCGGUGGUAGUGGACCAGGAAGUGGGCUCGGUCAUUCUGAUCUACACCGUUUGCUUCCACCUGUACAACUGUCAGCCUGCUAGCACCAUGAUGGUGGAAAGCAAGGAUGACGGCCUGAGCUGGAGUUCACCCAGGAACCUUUCUAUCCAGCUGGGAGUCCAGAAUUUUGCUCCUGGACCAGGGACUGGCCUCCAGAAGCGAUACGAACCACACCAAGGAAGGUUGGUGGUAUGCGGCCAUGGAACAUUGGAAGGCGAUGGCGUUUUCUGCAUCCUAAGUGAUGACCACGGACAAACAUGGGUUAACGGUGCGGCGCUGAAAAGCAUCCCUUACAACCAGAAAAAGAAACCGCUGGACUUUAAUCCAGACGAGUGCCAGCCAGUUGAAAUGACAGACGGAAGCAUUGUCAUCAAUGUGCGAAACCAAAACAACUACCACUGCAGGUGUCGCGUGGUCGUCCGAAGCCAAGAUGGCGGCAUGACCCUGCCUAUUGACGACCUGUACUUUGACUACGAACUUGUGGAUCCUGCAAUAGCGGCCGGGGCCUUUCAGAAAGAGGGGGUGCUCUUCUUCACCAACCCAUCUCACGAACAACACAGAAUAAACCUUACCUUACGUUGGUCAGUGACUGACGGCAAGUCCUGGGAGAAGAAAGCUCUGCAGAUUUGGCACGGGCCGAGCGGGUACUCCUGCAUUACAUCACUGGACAGUGGUUCUGCAGACGACAGGAGACACAUCUUUGUCAUCUACGAGAAGGGCUACAAAGACUACGACGAGACAAUCUCCUUUGCCAAGAUCCACCUCUACGGCGGUCGGUAAAGCACGUUAAUCAGAGAUUUGAAAUUUCACACUGUGAACAAAAGAAGGAGAAGAAAAAGGAACUUUCUCAGGAAGAUUUUUUUUUAAAACAUUAUGUAAAACAUUAUGAUGGCUGUUGUUUCCAGUUCUGGAAUAAUUACUUCUGCAUUUUAUGGGAUGUUGCCAAGACAGUUUUUUAUUUAAGCAAAUUUUUAUUUUUAUUUUUAUUUUUAUUUUUAUUUUUAUUUUUAUUUUUAUUUUUAUUUUUAUUUUUAUUUUUAUUUUUAUUUUUAUUUUUUAAUUUUAAUUUUAAUUUUAAUUUUAAUUUUAAUUUUAAUUUUAAUUUUAAUUUUAAUUUUAAUUUUAAUUUUAAUUUUAAUUUAUUUUUGUCUUAUUUUAUUUUAUUUUGUAUUUUAUUUUAUUUUAUUUUAUUUUAUUUUAUUUUAUUUUAUUUUAUUUUAUUUUAUUAUUAUUAUUAUUUUAAGCAAAUAUAUAUGUAUGGUACACAUUUAAUGGUAAUUUACAUACAUUUACAUUACAUUUGCAUACUCUUUCAUUCAAUAAUAAUGACACCCACCAUCAUAGAACUGUGGUAGAAUUCAGGGUGCGGUGAUUUAAAGCAUUGUUGACGAGUUGAUCCACUUUACCUCAAAGGAAGACUCUACCUGCUUGUGUUUGGACUUUAUUUUGCCUGAAAAUCUACAAGGGUUCCAUAAAUUUAUGCUUAUUUUGAAAAUAUAAUGUGAUAUUGAUUGCCUUUUUAAUGUAUGUGCGUUUUGAUUUUCUUAAAACCAUAGCUAUAAUUUUAAAUGUGUGUGUGUGUGUGUGAGACCAGGAAGCCACUCCUACUUAUGAUGCAAUCUGUGUGUAUCUAAAAAUGCAGUCUGAUUCUUCUCAGAAUUGUACUGGUGUACACUUGGGACUACUUUUGAACACCUUGCUGAUCAACACUUAACAAUAAAUGGCUGUCGCCGUCAUGUCUGGA